AAGUUGCCCACAUUUUCCCACCUCUUGAAGGCCCCAUGAACCAUUGCCUAACCCCAUCCAUCGCUUUCCUUCUCUUUUCCGCUCAACAUCCUUCCAAAACUGCCUGUCUUUCCUCUCCUCCUCCCCAUCCAUCUCUCUCUCUCUCUCUCUCUCGCCAGUGAACGGAAAGGAAGAGAGCGGCAAUCAGAUCAGAUUCCGAGCCUUUUCUUCUCCUUCGGUGGGUGGGAUGGGGAGCAAAGGAGGAGUCGCGCCACCACCCUCGGUGGUCUGUUGCAUGUGCGGCGAUCACGGGUUGGCGCAGGAGCUCUUCCGGUGCAAGGUCUGCCUUGUCCGGUGUCAGCACAAGUAUUGCAGCGAUCUCUACCCAAAAGCCCAAUCCUACGGAGCAUGCAAUUGGUGCCUGAGGGAGGAAGGAGCCAAAUCUCUUGCAAAAGAAGCCGUCAAGGAUCCCAACACCUCAGUCUCUUCUUCCACCAACAUUGAUGUCGGCAACGGCAGCAGUGGGUCAGGAGGAGUCGAGCUUCAUCAUCGAGUCUUCUCAUCGCAGCUCCACAAGCCUAUCAAGAGACCCAAGCUGUUGAACCGAUCUGCUUCGGAUGUCACCGACCGGAGUCGAUCCGGAGACCUCUCUCCGGGCUCUCGUAGGGCAAGGCAGGCCUUCAGGGGAAAGGUAAGAAGGUAUAAACUCUUAGAGGAGUUCUCUAGCUAACAAGUCCUUUCCCUGUACAUCGACCCAUGGCAUGUGCCAUGUCUUCCCUAAAUAAUGUUACACGAGCCCAGUUACAAGGUGAGGAAGUAAUGUAUCUUUUCCUCCUUCUAACAUAUAUAUAUAUAUAUAUAUAUAUAUAGAGAGAGAGAGAGAGAGAGAGAGAGAGAGAGAGAGAGAGGUGGUGUCUAAUGUUGGUUCCAGUGCUGCUUGUGUUUUAUGGACACUUUAGGUGCUGUAUGAUGAAGAUAAAUAUAGCAUGUACGACCUCCAAGCUCAUUAAUAA